AUGGAGAUAAUCUGCAAUCAACGCCAGAGACGGACUCAGUUCAACUCUCCUGCACAAACAACAGGAGCACCAAUAGCAGCAGCAGUACUACUUCAUAAGCAAGCAGCCAAGAGAGAAGAGCGAAAGAUAAUAAUUGGAAAUCAAAGGGAUUAUACGGACCAAAUCAUCAAUGGGAUUAUAUUGGUCAUGCUUACGGCUGGAACAAACACUUCAUUGGUGACUAUAGAAUGGGCCUUGUCUCUUUUGCUCAACCAUCUCGAGGUGCUAGAGAAAGCUCGAGCUGAAUUGGAUGCUCAAGUAGGGACUGAUCGAUUGGUUAACGAACAUGGUCUAUCCAAUCUUUCUUAUCUUCAUAACAUUAUUUCAGAAAAACUUUGGUUGUACCCAGCAGCACCAAUGCUAGUGCCAAAUGAGCAGUCCAAUGACUAUAAAAUUGAGGGAUAUAAUAUUCCACGAGGCACAAUUUUGCUAGUUAAUGUAUGGGCAGUUCAUAUGGACCCAAACGUUUGGGAUGAUCCAACAAGCUUCAAACCAGAGAGAUUCGAAGGAUUGCAGGUUCAGCCAUCAAAGCUGAUUCCAUUUGGGAUGGAAAGGAGAUCUUGCCCUGGUUCUGGCCUAGCAUAG